AUGCAGUCGUCCACAUUGGUUUUGACUUCUCCUAGUUUUGCGUCGUCUGAACAGGAAUUGAAGCAUGUCUUCAGCCUUAUUGAUGCCAAUAGCGAACGUGAGUUGCAAAUGAUUGACCGCGUUCAGUCAAAUUUAGUGACUCUACCCGUGAAUAAAUACAUUUCCGUGAUUGUUGCCUUAGACACGGCCAACUGGUCGUCUGUCUUGACACCCAUCUUUCCUCAAGUGUUUGCUUGCAUCCAACCAGGUGGUAAUUUGCGUGUGCAUUCUUCUGUCGGUGACAAUGACGGUUCCUUCGAAUUGACUGCUUUAAUGGCUGGUUGGAUGAUCGAGUCCAAGAAUCCCUGGAUACUAUCUCGUCCCGCUCAAGUGGAGGCUGUACCCAUUAAACUGAACCGCUCCAAGGGUGGACCUUCGAACGAAACCAAGACGUCUUUGAACUUUUCGAAAUCCGAUAAACAGGCCACUUUAUCCUCGAUUCAAAAUGGGUCUGAAGACGAAGAAGAUCAGGACGUGAUUGACGAGGACGAGCUCAUUGAUGAAGCAGACCGCACUGGUGACAAUGUCCUUCGCCCACCAGAGUGCAAGCCUGCUCCUAACAAGAAGAAACGUGCUUGCAAAAACUGUACAUGCGGUUUGAGUGAGGUUGAACAAAAGGAAUCUUCAAAGGCAUCAGCUCAAUUGGAAACUGUGAAAUUGAACGACACUGGCGAAGUCGACUUUACAGAAAAAUUGAAGAGCAAGAAUGCUGUAUCCAGUUGUGGAAAUUGCUAUCUGGGCGAUGCUUUUCGCUGUAGCGGCUGCCCAUACAUCGGUCUUCCGGCUUUCAAUCCCGGUGAACCAAUUGUCUUGGCGGAAAACCGCGAUAAGAUGUCUUGGAUGGCUGACGACCUUUAA